AUGUGUGUACGUAGCUGUAGUUUAAUGAUUCAGUUGUACUUUUUAUAUUGAAAUCAUCAAAAGUAAAGCAAAUAUUUAAGAUGCUUUAAAAAACACAAAUUGUAGUCUGUUUAAUCAGUUAAAAAAAAUAACAUGCACUUAUAUAUAGGCUGGGUAACUUAUAUAAUGUUAUAUAAUACUUACACAUAAUUAGCACAUAUAUGUAUGUAUUUUUAAAUGAGAGAAGAAAUGCUACACUUGAUGGAUGAUUUUAAUGUAUUAGUGACUUUUUGUUAAUUUGCUUUGCUUUAUGGAUGAAUUACCAAGUGUAGUUAAAACCUAAAAACCGAAAAGCCUAAAGUAUAUUUUUCUCCACGUAUUAUGAAAUACGAAUAAUUUGUAUUAAUGUAGCCUAGACAAUCUGGAAAUACAAAAAACACUUGCUUGAUCCAUAGUUUAACUUUUUGCAGCACUGGUUGUUUUGUUUUAUAUUAGACAAAAAAAGUCUUUCUUCAGCUUUUUUUUAUAAACUUUUGCUGCAGAGUGACAGUUUGAGAAAAGUGCUAAACUACAAACGAGUUAAUCAGCGCAGGUCCAUCCCUGAAUGUCUGUUAUAUUAUAUAUAUAUAUAUAUAAAUUCUUGCGGUUAGUUAAUGUCUAUCUUACCUCCACAGUCUUCCCAUUACUGAGUCAGUGUGUGACCCGGGAGAUGGAGAGGCAGGGCCCGGGAGAGAAGCAGCCAGACGCUAAUAGGACCGGAGCCACAACCCCCCCCAUCACAUCAGCUGCCGUCACCAUGGCAACUGUCAGCUCCGGCAGCACCACGUGCACCGGGGCGCCCUCUACCUCCCUGAGCAUCAUCUCUCCCGACAGACAGGCAGUCCAGGUGAUCCAACACGCCAUCCACAGACCUCAGAGCAUGGCGGCCCAGUACCUGCACCAGAUGUACGCGGCCCAGCAGCAGCACCUCAUGCUGCAGACGGCCGCCCUGCAGCAGCACCAGCACAGCCCUCAUCUGCAGAGUCUGGCCACCAUACAGCAGGCGUCAGUCUGUCAGCGGCAGACGCCUUCUUCAUCCAGCGGCGGUUUGGUUCAUCAGCCUGCUGGUGUUUCCCAAAACUCAAUUACCAUACCAGCGUCUCCAGUGACAGCGCAGCUGAUUGGCCGAACCCAGACAUCCACUGGUGGUGCAACCACCAUAUCCCAGCAGGCCAUGCUCCUGGGAAACAGACCGGCCAACUGUAACCAAGCUCAGAUGUACCUUCGCACUCAGAUGCUUAUUCUAACCCCUGCCUCCACGGUGGCUACAGUUCAAUCAGACCUCCCCGCUGUCACCUCCUGCUCCUCUUUACCUACCUCCUCUCAGGUGCAGAAUCUCGCUCUGCGUGCCCACUUGCCUGGAGCUCUGGCCACAGCCCACGGUGUGAUCUUAAAGCCGUCCGCCCAGUCACAAGCCCCGACUCCGACCACCUCUUUAUCCAAGACGUCAAUCUGCGGGUUGAAAACUAACCAGCUGACCGACACCUCAACAGAAACAGGACCGGCUGAUGUCACCCGGUUGGCCUCAGGACCCCAGAUUAUGACGCCAGCCUACUCUACGGUGCAGACCAACACUCUGGUCAAGCAGCAGCUGGCCUGUCCGCCGGGCCAGCGGGUGGCGCACCACCAGUUCAUCCUCCAGCAGGCUGCAGGAGGAUGUCCACACCACAGGCAUCUCCAGCCCAUCGCGCUCAGAGUAGCACCUCAAGAAACCAACUCCAACCCUCUUCCUCUUUCAGUUAAAAGACUGACCACUCCCGGCACCCAAUCAAAAACCAACAGCGACCCCCACGCCCCUUCUUCCUCGUCUGUCACCAGCGUGUUUGCAUCCUUAGCUCAGACCUCGAUCCCAGCCGCCACCGUUCAGCCUCAGCCUCCUCCUCUGGUGGCCGCUCCGCAGCGGCGGACGACAUUCCCACAAGUUCAGAACCAGCCUCCGCCUCCUCCUCCACCUCUGGUUCUCCCCAGGCUGCCCCAGAACCCCCCGGCCUCUCUCCAGAGGCUGUCCCUGCACUCGGUCCAGGCUUUGGCCGUCCAGUCGGGACGGAUGCUGCUGACAGAGCGGGAGCUACCUGUCGCGGAGGCUCUGGUCCAGAUGCCCUACCAGAACCUCCCACCUCCUCAGACGGUGGCUGUCAAUCUGAAAGUGCAUCGAGUCAGACACAAUGAAACUCCAUUGUCGGGGCAGACGGGGUGCAAAGUGAAUGGAUUGAGCUCAGAGGAGAGGAAAGAUGCACGUCCUCCCAGUCCACAGCAAGACAGGACCCUGACACCUCUCACCGGGCCUCCUAAGCAGAAUGGUGCAGUCUCGGGUUCAUCCUCCAUCACAUCCAGUCGCUCAGUGAUCCGGCCACCUGUGGUGGAAGAACCCUCCCAGCUCACCACCACCACCACCAGCAGCAACCCUCCUCCUCCUCCUCCUCCUCCUCCAUCUCCUCCUCUACCUCCGCCCGUCCUGCCAGCAGCAGCAAGAGGCCCCAGCCAGCCCCGCUCCUCUCCAGCCAGCGUCCCAGGCAGCCCCGACAGGAUACUAACAACCCACGUCCUCACACACCUCAUAGAGGGCUUCGUCAUCCGAGAGGGUCUGGAGCCGUUCCCGGUGGUCUCCGCCUCGGUGCUAGCGGACCAGCAGGCUUCACUUCCCGAAUCCCAGGAGAUGCAAACCAACGGGGACGCAGCAGCAGAGGACAGUCCGCUGGACGCUGACCAGUCGGAUUCAACAGACUCAGAGAUGGAAGACGACGGCCCUGCAGCAGAUGAUGCAGAGCUGGGGGAGAGUUUGGCCGCUGUGCUGCAGUGCGAGUUCUGUGGGAGUCGAGGUUACGCUCACACGUUCCUGCGCUCCAAACGCUUCUGCUCCAUGACGUGUGUCAGAAGGUUCAGUGUGAGCUGCAGCAAGCGUAUCACUGUGCUGAGAGCAGGUCGCUGCGGUCACAGGCCGAUGGGCCGGAGAGGACGACCCCCCAGCAGAGUCAACGGAGCCUCCAGAGAACAUUUUCUGAGACAGGCUCGUGGGUCGUUUGGCUCUGAGGAGACCCGCCAAAGCUCACCGAGAGAGGACGACGAGCAGGACGAAGAGGAGGAAGACGAGCCUCCUGUUCCGAUGACAACCAGGCUCCGGAGACAUGCCGAGAGAGAGAGGGAGAGAGAGCAGGAGAGAGAGCGGGAGCCGAGGAUGACGGAAACAAUCAGUGUUUCUGAAGGAGAAGACGACGCCGGCUGUCCGGCUCAGUGGAACGUUCAACAAGUGUUUUCUUUUAUCAACUCCCUGCCAGGUGGUCAGGAUGUAGCCGAGGAGUUUCGCUCCCAGGAAAUCGACGGACAGGCUCUGCUGCUUCUAACCGAAGACCACCUGGUCAGCACCAUGAACCUUAAACUGGGACCUGCACUCAAACUGUGUGCCCACAUUAAUUCUCUGAAAGAUGCAUAAACACGUCAACGUCCCUUCUCUCCAAGAAUGGAUGUGUGUUGAUGAAGAAAAACAGGACGACGUUUUGAAGCACUACCCAUUUCUCCAGUUGUCCGACUUGUCCUCGGACACAAAGACAGUUAAAACACACCGAGUGGAUCGUGUUGAGCUGGAAUCAUGAAAACAGACUGCAGUUUUUCUUGAGACCACUGCCAAACGUUUCCCUCCUGAGUGAAGUCCUCACACUGUAACAGACGAUUUUAAACACACAAGAGGAGCAUUUCUUUCCAUCUCCUCUUGUCUUUUGAUUCCAGUGAUUGUAGCCGUUUGGCUCCGGUUAUCCAUUUGUUUCAAAAUGGUCAAUUUAAAGUUCUUUUGUAUCAUUUGUAAACAAAGAAAACAUCUAUACAUUAUGACACAGAAAGUUAAAAGGAUGCUGUACAAGCUCAAAGUUUACAAAAACAGAUUUACUAUCUUACACAUGAUUCCACUUAUCAUCAGCAAACUAAUAACUUAUGGAACCAAACUGAUGACAAAGUUAUUUAUGAUUUAUUUAUUACCGUCAUAAUUAAUGUACAAAUAAAACCAUUAAAGUAUUGUACACUGUUUUGUGGUUUUGUAACACGUUUUACAAAAAGGUACCAAAACUCCCAAGAGUCAAAUAUAAGGAUUUACUUCUUUAUAUUGGACAAUAAUAAAUGUGACUUUGUAAUAAACUAUAUACAACAUGGAGUUCAAGGUCAAAUGGCUGUUUCCUAUUGGUCUGGACUUGUAACUGAUUCAGUAAGCCCAGCUUAAUGUUUUGCAAGGUAGAAUAAUAUAUAUGAUCUGCUGAACAAAGUAUGAGUGAAUUAACUGCAGCAGAUAAACAUGUUUCAGAUCUAAAAGUAAAACAAGUUCAUGUAUUCAUCGCUAACUUGUUUAGUACAAAAGAAACGAGAUGUUUGGGCUUUUUGUCCGGUUAAUGUGAGAAAAAAAUAAAACCACCUAAAAAUUCUCCUGUAUUUUUGGUGAACCACCACCAGAGGGCAUCCUUUAAACAGUUUAUCGUUUCUAACUAUUUAUUUCUCUGCUGCUGUAAAGAAAAGUCUGGUAGAGAACUCAUCCAGCUCCAAAUGCAUCAUGUUGUCUUUCCUGUACACAACAUUAAGUAGUUUGGUAGAUAAUACUGACCGUGGUCAAGCCUUUUACAUAUUAAACAUCACAUCAGCUGGUCUCUUUAAAAUAAAUGAAUACAUCUUUAAAUUAAAAAGAUAAUUUAAUAAGUGGUGGAGGGACUGAGAUCAUUUACUACAGUGAAAGUAGCAAAGACACGAUAGAAAAAAACUUCAGGCCUGCAUUUAAAAUAUUAAAGUAAAAGUAAAUGAUAAAUAGAAUGUACUUGUACAGCGCUAAUAUACUAAUACUACUACAAAAUAACCUUCAUAUAAUGCAAAGAAAAUAGCCCAUUUGAGUAUUUUCACACACACACACACACACACACACACUAAAGUACCAGUAAGUCAAAAUUCUACUUGCGUACAGUAUUUGAGUGAAUGUACUACGUCUCUGUGGCCUGAAGGACAAACAGAAGCAGAGUUCGUUUCCACUCACACAACAACACACGAACACGACUCGGGUUACAGCGAUAACUGUUUAUUUAAAACAAGCCCGGGCAUUUCACUUUAAAGACGGAUUAAAAUGGAUUGUGGAACAAUUCUACAAUCCUCUCAGUGUAAUGUCUGUCCUGAAGAAUACUACGGACUACAUCGUACACUUCUACUCUACACAUGCGGAAUGUGGUGCACGGAUGUGGGACGCAUCGGUGGAAUGUUUGGAGUCCGCAAGAGACGGUCAGAAUGAAA